AUGGCAGCCCUAAAAUACGCAGGCUUGGAUGACACGGACAGUGAGGAUGAGUUGCCACCAGGAUGGGAAGAGAGGAGUACCAAGGAUGGAUGGGUUUACUUUGCAAAUCACCUAGAUGAGAAAACCCAAUGGGAACAUCCAAAAACUGGGAAACGGAAAAGAAUUGCAGGAGAUCUGCCUUACGGCUGGGAACAAGAAACAGAUGACAAUGGACAGACGUACUUUGUUGAUCACUUGAACAAGAGGACGACUUACCUCGAUCCAAGACUUGCCUUCACUGUUGAUGAUCAGCCUACGAAAAUAAGCACCAGGCAAAAAUAUGAUGGGAAUUCUACUGCCAUGGACAUACUCCAGGGCUGUGAUCUGUCUGGGAAGGUGGUCAUAGUCACAGGAGCAAACACUGGCAUUGGGUUUGAAACGGCCCGAUCGUUGGCUCUUCAUGGUGCCCAAGUUAUCAUGGCGUGCAGAAAUUUGCAAAAAGCCAAUGAAGCCAAGCGCCAGAUCUUAGAUGAAUGGCACAAAGCUAAGGUAGAAGUGAUGAUCUUGGAUCUGGCCUCUCUACGCAGUGUGGAAAAUUUUGCCGAAGCCUUCAAGAGUCGAAAUCUGCAUCUCCACGUGCUAAUUUGCAACGCAGCUUGGCUGGGAGGCCCAUGGCAACUCACUGAAGAUAACUUUGAAUGGACCUUCCAGGUGAAUCAUCUCAGCCAUUUUUACCUCUUCUCUCUCCUGCAAGAUACGUUGCGUCAUUCCAUCCCUUCAAGAGUUGUUGUAGUAUCGUCAGAAUCACACAGGUUUACAGAUAUUAGAGAUUCAUCUGGUAAACUUGACCUCGGCCUGCUUUCCCCAUCUAAGAAAGACUAUUGGGCUAUGUUGGCGUACAAUCGUUCCAAGCUGUGCAAUGUGCUAUUCUCUCAAGAGCUGAACCGCCGCCUCUCUCCCCAUGGGGUGACGUCUAAUUCUGUCCAUCCAGGAAAUAUGAUGUAUUCUUCCAUUCAUCGGAACUGGUGGGGGUACAGGUUGCUGUUUGCUUUGGUCCGGCCCUUCACAAAGUCCAUGCAACAAGGAGCGGCCACGUCUACCUACUGCGCUGUGUCCCCAGAGCUAGAAGGCCUAGGAGGGAUGUAUUUCAAUAACUGCUGCCGAUGCCUUCCAUCACAGCAGGCCCAGCGAGAGGAGACGGCGGCGGCCUUGUGGGAGCUGAGCGAGAAGCUGAUCCAAGAACGAGUUGGCAGUCAGUCCAAAUAGCAGGGAGCCGCCAUUAGGAUCAAAACACAUGGAGUCGUGUGCACUCGGAAACUGCCAGCUUUGGAAUGUGUCCAAACUUAUCAUCUAGAGGGUUUCUGUAUACCUCUGAUACAGAUUAACUAGUGUUAAAUGAAAUAAUGGCAGUCACAACAUAGUGAAAAAUGUUAAGUACUAAUGGGAAGCAGGGAAUACGGUGGGGUUAAAGGGAUGAUAUCUCUUUUCUUGUUGUUAGUUAAGCACAUUUUCUUUUGUCUUUUAAUUAGCGUAUGUAACCCAGAUUGUGAAAUAAAUAACCGAGCAAAAUAAAAACAGCAGAUCGAUGGGGCCAAGUAAAUUACAAGCGGUUUAAUUUCUGCAUGGAAUGUAAUGGAUCCUGAAGAAGGCACAAGAAAUACUGUGAUGUUGGUGGUUUGACAAUUAAUGAAAUAUAGACCCAUUUUGCAAAAGAAAAAAAAAAGAGAGAAUGGAGCUUGUAUUGAAUAGAUUCAAUCGUGAUGGUUAGUCUUGGAAAUACAACCAAUUGUGAGUUACAUUUCCCACGAUGCACCACCAGCUGAAAGACUGAUUGAGCAUCAUUGGAAUGUGAACCACAAUCAUAGUAUUGCUGUCUUUUCUUUACAGAGAUUGUUAACCAGAAUGAAUAUUAAUAAAGACGCAGUGGAUAACAA